AGAUCGCCGCACGCGCUGAUUAGCUCCGCUGGAGUCGGUGGAGAUUCAAACGCGGCUGAGCGCGACUCGCUUGAGUUUACUGUAGUGUUUACUGGAGUUUUACCUCGCUCGUGUGUGAAUGCUGGACUCUGAGGGACAUGGAGACUUUCACCAUCAAGAGUCGCAUUAAGAGUCUCCUGCGCUCGCCGUCCAUCAAACUCAGAAAGAGAAGCGGCCGCUUCAAACACAGUCUGUCCAGCCAGGUGACUCUUGAGAAAGUUCUGGGCAUCACGACUGCAGGAAACAGUGGUUUGACAUGCGAUCCGUGUUCAGGAACCGUGGCCUAUCCGGCCGGGUGUGUCGUUGUGUUACUGAACCCAGCCAAAAACACACAACAGCAUCUCCUCAACUCAUCCAGGAAGAGCAUCAGCGCGUUGUCGUUCUCGUCAGACGGCCGGUAUCUGGUCACUGGAGAGAGCGGUCAUCUGCCGGCGGUGUGUGUGUGGGACGUGAGCGAGGGCUCGCUGGUCUCUGAGCUGCUGGAGCACAAGUAUGGCGUGUCCUGCGUGGCCUUCUCUCCCAACGGCAAAUACAUCGUGAGCGUGGGGUCACAGCACGACAUGAGCGUCAACCUGUGGGCCUGGAAGAAGAGCGCUCUUAUAGCAGUCAAUAAGGUGUCCAGUAAGGUGACGGCCGUGUCCUUCUCCGAGGACGGGAAUCAUUUCGUCACGGCGGGGAACCGACACGUCCGCUUCUGGUAUCUGGAUCCGUCUCACGCUCAUCAGCAGGUGUGUCCCGUGCCGCUGAUGGGCCGCUCGGGGCUCCUCGGGGAGCUGCAGAAUAACUUCUUCUGUGACGUGGCGUGUGGACGAGGCCUGAGGUCCGACAGCACCUUCUGUGUGACGGCGUCGGGGCUGCUGUGUGAGUUCAACGCUCAGAGGGUUCUGGACCGCUGGGUGCACCUGCAGACGGGUUCGGCGCGCUCGCUGGCGGUGACGGAGGACCUGAUCUUCUGCGGCGGUGCGAACGGGACGGUGCGUGUGUUCGGGGCGUCUGACCUGCGCUUCAUCAGCACACUGCCCCGUCCACAUCCUCUGGGCGUCCAGCUGUCCGCCGCCACACAGCCCCGGCAUCUGGUCAGCAGAACACCGGACGCCUGUUACCCGGACUCGGUGGCGGUGACCUUUGACCCCGUGACCCGCUGGCUGUCCUGUGUGUAUAAUGACCACAGUUUAUAUGUGUGGGACACGAGAGACCUGCACAAAGUGGGCAAAGUUCACUCGGCGCUUUAUCACUCGUCCUGCGUUUGGGAUCUCCAGAUGUUUCCCAGUAAGAGCGACGGGUCCAAGCCCACGUUUGGCUCGUCUGAUGCGUUCCUCUCGUGUUCGUCUGAUGGUUCUGUGCGUCUCUGGAGUUCAGACGGCGUUCACGGCCGUAACGUCCUGAGUAACGAUCUUCAUCACAUCUUCUACAUGGAGGACAGCACCGCCGCCCUGCUGGACGUGGAGGGAACUGACAUCGCUGGCUCAGAGAAAGCCGAGGGAUGGAGUGGUGAUGGCAGGAGCGGGAUCAGAACCAUCUGUGUCAGUCCGGACGGGAGACACCUAGCAUCCGGAGACAGAAAGGGCACACUCAGGAUUCAUGAUCUGACGAGUAUGAAGGAGCUGGUGAAGGCUGAGGUCCAUGACUCUGAGAUCUUAUGUCUGGAAUACUCCAAACCUCCGUCAGGUGUGAAUCUGCUGGCCACUGCGAGUCGAGAUCGUCUGAUCCAUGUGCUGGACGCUGAGGAAGACUACAGUCUGCUGCAGACUCUGGACGAGCACUCGUCCUCCAUCACGUCUGUCCGCUUCGCUGCCGGCGGUGACGGGACUCUGCGGAUCGUCAGCUGUGGAGCAGAUAAGAGUGUUUACAUCCGCACUGCUCACAGAACGGAGCGAGGAGCUGAAUUCAAGCGGACUCAUCAUGUGGUUCGGAAGGCGACUCCUAAUGACAUGGAUGUGGAUCCCAGCUGCAAGUACGCGGCCGUGGGCUGUCAGGACCGCAGCAUCCGAGUGAUCAGCAUCAGCAGCGGCAAACAGAAGAGAUCCUUCAGUGGCUCUCCGACUGAAGACGGCGGUUUGCUGAAGGUUCAGAUUGAUCCGUCGGGUCUGUUUGUGGCGUCCAGCUGCUCAGAUAAGAACAUCAAUCUGAUUGACUUCCAGACCGGAGAGAGCCUGGCCACCGUGUUCGGACACUCUGAGAACAUCACGGCUCUGAGGUUCAGCAGUGACUGCAGGCGUCUGCUCUCGUCUUCAGCUGACAGCUGUAUAUUUGUGUGGCGACUCGCUCCUGAACUCACUAUCAAUAUGAGAGAGAGACUGUCUGCGAUCAGACACCGUGACCGGACGUCCAGCUUCAGGAGCAAUCCCUUCAGACGUUCUUCUGUGCACAGAUCCACAUCCAUCAUGAGCUGGCCAUCUAAGAACGACCAGGAAGAAGAGGAAGAGGAAGAGAUGAAGACCGCUGAAGAGACGGGUGCAUCUGAUGAAACACAGCUGAAGGAGGCGUCUGUAGACUCGAGUGUGGCGUGCCGUCCUCGCAGGCGCUGGUCCAGUCGUGUGGGAUCGCUGGAGCUCAUGGUGAAGUCCAUGCUGGAGCUGCGGCAGCUCGAUUCACUCUCUGAAGCUCCAGUCCAGAGCAGAAGCAGCACUGACCGACCGCGGGACGAGGAGCGAGGCAGCACCUCCAGCCUGCAGGACUGGAGUCUCCGGCGUCCUCGUGACUCGGCCUGGCUGGUUCCCGUCGGUGCUCCAGAACCCGAGGGUGUGGUUCUGUACCCAGAUUACGGUCCCAGCUCCAGCAGCCUGCCUGGGCCGUCCUACCGGAGACAGGCUCUGUCUGAGAGCGUCGAGCACGAGGAGAGAGCAGAAGCUCAGAGUCCCAUCAGUGGAGCCUCCAUGGGCUACGGCAGCGGAGGAUCCAGUCCAGACCACCGACACCAGGAUGUGGAGGCGCUGGGCUCUGAUGAUGAAUCCUGUGACGGUAACACACGACUGAUCUGUGAAUCUGAGAGUGUUCCACAUCAGGAGGUCAGGAGACGCUCCGACAUGCUGACGGACGGCAAUCAUGCAGGGUCUCGGUUGAGCGCUGAAGGAAGCAUCUCAGCAUGUUUGCACAUCCAGAAGUCCUCUAGCAGGAUGGACUCGGUGUUUCCUCAUCAGACUCUCAGAUCCAGUGCGGCAGUGAAGCCCACGGUCAGCGGCGUCAGGCCCCUGAUGGAGGACACAGGAGAGCCCGAUCGUCCAGAGCAGAGGAGCCACCCGUACCUGAGCCGUGUCUCCUGCCCUGGACUCCUGAAAUCUGCUUCAGCACACAGUCUGAGCGCCGACCCAGGAAGGUCCCUGUCUCCGUCCCGUCUGCGGCGAGAGGCGCGUCCCGUCCUUCUGAAGCUCAGUUUGGAGAAGGUCGUCCCUCAUCCCCCGUCCUCUCCUCAUCCGUGGGACAGUCCGUCCCAGAGCCGUGUCCUGCGCUCCUACAUGAGCCCCACCACCAGCUCCAUGGCCAAAACCAGCCGCUCGGCGUCCGUCGGGGACAGUCUGCAUGUGGGCAGCUCCUGCGAGAGUCUGGCCCCUGCGUCGAGCAGCUCGUCCUUCCUCACUAACUCUCCCAAAGCGCUUCCGUUGAGAGCCGUCAGACCCCGCAUGAGUCAGCGCCAGAGCUGCCCGACCACAUCGGCUUCAUCUCAGAGCCUUCUGUCUGACCCGAGCUGCUCUUCAUCAUCCUCCUCCUCCUCCUCCAGCACAGACCCCCAGCAGACGGCUCGUCCUCGAGCGAUGGAGAAGGCUGACGCUCCUGAUGAAGAUGUUCCGGUCGGUCUGGAGAUCUGCAGACGGGCCGCAGCUGACCUGUGCAGCAGCGUGAGGACGGCGACGCGGCUCUACAGGACGCUGAUCUCCCAUGAUGCCGAGCGCAGUGUGGAGCGGCAGCAGAUGCGUCAGCUGAUGUCAGACACGCUGAUUCACGUGCGAUCGGAGCUGGAUUCAGUGUCCGGAGUCAUUCGGAUGGAGGAGGGCAAGGAGACGCUCGCCUUACUGGAGCAAUACUCACAACUGCUGCUGCGCUCGGUGGAGAGGAGACUCGUUCAGGACGAGUAGAGUGUGUGUGUGUGUGUGUGUGUGUGUGUGUUUCACGUGUGUAUAUUUGAACUUCUGAUCUCAGGUGUUUCACCCGUGUCAUUUACUCUUGUGGAUGUUAAUAGUUUUUAUUUUUACAAGAGUAUUUGUGUUCUUAAUUAUUUUUAAUGUCCGUUUUUAUUGCCAAAUAAGUUUAUAAUGUGUGUGUAAUCUGCAGUUCGUCAGUGUUUUGUCUUAUUUAAUGACACAGUAAUCAGCUAUGGAUUGUAUUUAUUCAUCAUUGUUUGUUUGACCUGAUUUUUUGCACAAUAAACUGAAAUAUGUUAUAAAUGCA